ACAGCGCCCCCUGCUGCGGUGGAGGGCCGCUGGGCGGGGCCGCGCUGCCAUGGCGGCGGCGGUGGGCAAGGCGGCCGUGGCGGCCUACGGCCACGGCGAGAGCGGCGGCGGCCGCGGCGGCGGCUUCCUGGGGCCGCGGGUGCCGGCCGAGGUGGAGGCCAUGGCGCGGGGCGUGCAGGAGGUGGGCAAGGAGACCUUCCGGCGGCUCCUCAAAGUCACUGUUAAUGCUUUGGAAGGAAAAGACUGCAAGGAAUCUGUCAAGCUGAUUGCAGAAAGCACUAAUCUCUCAGAAGAGCAACUUGCUUUCCUCAUUUCUGGCAUGUAUACCCUUCUCCGAGAAGCACUGAGACUCCCCUUAUCAACUUUCAAACAAGAAGUUUUUAAGGAAGACCUAAAGGAGCUCAGGAUACCAGAAGAUUUCAUCACGGAUUUUUCCAGUAUAGUCUUUGGUAACAGGCGUCCUGCUUCCGAAGGCACAGCUCUGGUACAAGGAAGUAGGCUGCCGAGUAUCCAGGACUUCAAGUGGAGAGUGGACGUAGCUAUAUCCACAAGUCAACCUCCCCCCUGGGAUUUCUUGUUUAUCAUCCAGCAACAGCCUCUGCAAAGAGUUCACUGGCCCGUGCACUUCAACCAUCCAUUCUAAUGAUGAUGAAGCUUUCAGAUGGGACAGCUCAUCGCUUUGAAGUGCCAGUUGCAAAGUUUCAAGAACUGAGAUACAGCGUUGCCCUUAUACUGAAGGAAAUGAAUGAUUUGGAGAAAAGGAGCAUACUGAAGAUCCAGGACUGAACACUAUAAAAUUGGGAGUUUAUAGAACCAGAUCUGAAACCUUCAGCAUGUUUUGUGAGUGGCAAAGCAGGGGACCAUCAUCACUUUGCCUGUCUGAACUGAAAUGUAGCAUUUGUGAUGUCUGCUGUAAAUAUUUUUUUCAAUUCAAGUGUUAAAAGCUUUUUUCAUAAGACUAAGGAAAAACAAAAAAUAUAUCCAUGAAAAAGUAUAACGCUGUUUGCGAGCAUUGUUGCAUGAUUCAUCAAAACAUUUUUUAAAUAACUGGCUUAAUAGAUGUAAGAGUCAUUUAUUUCUGAUUAUGAUUCAUCACUCUAAUUAUUUUUGAAAGCCUGCUACCGGAAGCCCUAUCAAUGUGUAUCAUAAGAAAGCUCUGCAAUAUCUCAAA